UAGACAAAGGGGUCGAGAAAGAGAAAACUGAAGAUUUUUGAAGCAACUGGAGAAGUGUUAAUCUCGCUUAUGAAAGAAAGUAAAAAAUAAUGGAACACAUAGAUAUAACAUUAUUAAUAAAAAAAAUAAAAGCCAAACCCGUACUCUGGGAUAAAUUUACGGAGACUUACAUGGACAGGAUUGCUACGAGAGAUGCCUGGCGUGAGGUAUGUGAAGCGCUUCACACAAACUUUAAAAGUCUUAGUAUAAAUGAACAAGCUACAUUUCGUGUAGAAGUAUUCAAGAGGUGGAAAAAUCUUCGAGACUGUUAUUUAAAGCAUAAGAAUAAAAGAAUUCAAGCGACAAAAAGAAACGGAUCUGCACCAAUAAGAAUGAGAAAAUAUAUAUAUGCUGAUCAGUUGUCAUUCCUGAACAAAAUUUAUGAAAAACGUAAAACGGUUGAUUGCAUGGAUGAGAAGGAAGAAGAUUCAAGUGAAUCGUCAUCAAGUGCUAAAACACCUACAAAGCAUAAAAAAAUGAAUGAAGUUAGUACGCAAAUUAUAAAAACUGUAGAGGAAGAGAAACUUUGUUACAAAGCGACUUUCUUGAAAAGCCUUAUGCUUCAUCUAGAAAAAUUUAAUAAUGCGGAAUUUCUGCAGUUUCAAAGGGGAGCCUUAAAUCUUAUACAAAACAUCAAUGAUAUAAAGGAAAACUCAUCUAAUAGUCUUCAUGUAACAUCAACACGUUUUCAAUUAAAUCAACCUCUUUUGGACCCGUUAAUUACUCCUGAUCAAAUUGAAUCACCAUCAAUGAAAUAGUUAGCUGUUUUAUGAUAUUCCAACCAGUUCAAUAUUACAAAGGAUAAGGAAAGCAUCU